CUAGCAGCCAGUCGAUAUUCUCAAACACUUUUUUUGAUUUCUUGCACACCUGUUCUUAUAAUCAGACAGUGAAUAAAAGUUGACUUCAACGUCUAUAUCACUUUCCUCCAUUGCACGUCUCGCCCCAUUAGAGUUUUUACUUGCUGUGUAUAAAAUAACAACCGAGUAACUUAUUAAUCCUUUGUUUUCUAGGUGUGUUUAUUACUACCUUGUCAGACCCUUUUAUUAUUAAUCCUCUUUUAACUGUCAUUACCAAACUUAUUGUCCUUUUGCAUAGUCUCCCACAAACUAUGGAGAGAUAUCUUAACUACGUUUCUCUUUUUUCUUUCCAUCUUCUUCUCUUCACUCUCUUUAUACACAAUCCAACUGCCACUUCAACAAACACAACAUUCGAAGAUGAUGAUGGUUUGUGUGCAUUGGUUUACUGUGGGCAAGGAACAUGCAAGAAUUCUAAUAAUACUUUGUUGCCUGGUUUUGAGUGCGAGUGCUAUUCUGGUUGGAAGAAGAUAGAAAUUGGUCCUGUGACCUUUCCCUCUUGUUUAAUUCCCAAUUGCACAGUUGAUGUACAAUGUGGUAAUGGGUCUCCACCACCGCCUCCUCCUUCAGCUCCUGUACCUCCGCGACCACUAAAUUUAACAAACCCCUGUAACUUAAUUUGGUGUGGCGAUGGGACCUGCAUGCCUAAUGGAACAGGACACACAUGCCAGUGCAGUGAAGGUUCAGCAAAUUUGGCGAAUAAUAAAGAGUUGCCAUGUUUUCAAGAAUGCUACUUUGGAGCAGAUUGCCACGGUCUAGGGUUGGGUAUGCCAAUUUCCACACCACCACCACCAUCUAGCAAUUCGGGCUCUAAGGGUAAUGAUACACCACCAAGUGCUUUGAACUCUGGUGGCAACGGUUCAUCAAAAGCAUCAAGUGUUGGUGAAUUAAUUGUGACAUUGUUAGCAGCAGCUUCCCUUACAUUGCUUUAGAGAUCAGACAUCAGCAACAGAAGAUACUCCUGAUAAAUUAUUUUCUUCAUAAUUUAAAAAAUACACAGGUUGAUAAGAGAAACAGCUUCACAAACAUGUACUUGUAAUACAUAUAUACAUAUUGUUACUCAAAAACUCAUGUAUACUUGUUUAUCAGCUGCAAUAAUUACUAGCUAGUCCUGUUCAAUUAAUGCUGAUUAUUAUCAUCAAUAAACCAAAUUUGGCUCA